AUGUCGGAUCUUGACCCCUACAAGCCUAUCGAUGCGCCCAUCGACGGCCCACCUCUCCCCUUUAUCUACCGCAACAGCUGGGAGGUCAUGCUGAUCAUCGACAUCAGCGACUGGUCAAUGGAAGAAACUAUUGGAACUAUCUGCAUGAAACUCUGCGACAAGCUAGAGACGCACCGGCGGCUAGAGCAAGGGAAAGAUGCGCUGGGAGAGAUUUACAACGGCCGCACGCGCCUGGCCUUGACCUUCCAUCUGAGCGAACUUCCUGCUCCCCGGCAGUACACCAACCCUGACGCAGUCUAUAACCGAAUUGUUUCUUAUUUGCAAACUUUCUACAAUCGUCAUGAUCGGUUCCAGAAACAAGUACGGGUGUUGAAGAAGUGGCGGUUUAUUGACACCGUCGCUUUUGGGAUUUAUGAGAUCCCGAAGGAGAUUGACAAGAUGCUGUGUAAGAAGGAGGGGUGCAGUGGAUGCGAGUUAUGCAGUUAG